AUGCCGACAUCUAACGUCUUUGCCAGAGCUGCUGGCUGGAUUGCAAGAGAGAUCGGCCUUGUUGCAAUGAGCAAAGCAGGGAAAGACGUCUACAUUCUCAUCUUCACUCGCUUCCUCCGCCUUGUCGCUUUCGGGGCUAUCGCACUUAUCCUCGCUCGAUUCUUCGAAGAACUCGGGUUCUCUGAUGAACAGAUUGGUCUUUUCAUGACCCUAACGCUACUCGGAGAUGUUGCUGUCAGUCUGCUCUUGACGCUGGUGGCUGAUGAAUUGGGCCGCAGGAAGACAUUACUUUUAGGUUCCUUCCUGAUGUCCAUGUCUGGCGUCGUCUUCGCAACUACGAGCAAUUACAUCGCUUUACUCAUAGCUGCCAUCCUUGGCGUCAUCAGUCCUACAGGAAACGAGAUCGGACCUUUCAGGGCAAUCGAGGAAUCUACUCUCGCCCACUUGGUACACGAGGAUUCGAGAGCAGAGGUCUUCACAUGGCAUGUGGUUUUCGCUGCAUUGGGGACGUCGACGGGUCUCGCUGUCGGUGGCCAAGCUGUUGAUCGGUUGCAAGGCCUUGAAGGUUGGACACCACUGGACGCAUACCGUGGUAUAUUCUGGAUAUACACACUUAUAGGGCUCAUCAAAGCACUUUGCCAGCUCUUUCUGGGCCGGCGUUGCGAAAAGGAUGAGGUCGUCGACGACCAUGCCGAAUCUUCAACAGCUGGGGAACGUGAGGCUCUUCUCGGUAAAGCGCAGAGAUCCCAGCCAACACAUUCACCCAAACCCAAGGCGAAGAGCCGGAAUCCAUUCACCACACUCUCCAAACCAAGUCGCACUGUCUUGCUCAAGUUAUGUAGCUUGUUCUUUUUCGACUCCUUGGGCAGUGGUAUGGUGUCGUUCACUUUGAUCAAUUGGUUCAUGCAACGAAAGUUCCACAUUGGUUCGGAUAAGCUUGGAGGUAUCAUGUCAGCGACGUGGAUAUUAUCAACACUCGGAACCGUCUUCGCGUCCUCGUUAGCAAGGCGUUUGGGCCUCAUACAGGCAAUGAUAGUCACGCAUCUCCCAAGUGCUAUCUUUCUAGGGCUUUUGCCAGCUGCUCCGAACUUGGGCUGGACAAUCUUUCUGCUGGCUGCUCGCUCAUUGAUGAGUUCGAUGGAUCAGGCGCCUCGGUCAGCGUUCCUCUCGCUUGUGGUAUUGCCAGAGGAGCGAACGGCAGUCAUGGGGAUUGUGAACAUCAUGAAGACCUUUGCUCAGAGCAGCGGUCCAACUGUGACUGGUAUUCUAGCUGGCCGAGACCACUUUUGGGUUGCUUUUGUCGUGGCUGGGUCUGUCAAAGCGGCGUAUGAUCUUGGCCUGCUGACAUUCUUCGCUGGCAGGCCCGGUGCUUCCCUUUUCUCUGGUUCAACCUCCGACGCAGGACACUUCUUGGACACAAUGUCGCCUGCAUUGCUCGCCAGGAAAGCCAGGAUUCUAUACCUGGAUGCCUACGAUUCAUUCUCAAACAACAUCGUUUCUUUGGUCGAGGAGACACUAGAUGCCGAAGUCACAUCCAUAUACAUCGAUGAUAGGAACUUUUCGAACUUAGAUGCAACGACCAAACAAAAAAAGUUCGAAGAGUUUCUGCAAAACUUCGAUGGAGUCAUUGCCGGACCUGGACCAGGUUGGCCCAACAAUGAUCAAGAUGUUGGCCUUAUGAAAGAACUCUGGGCUCUCGCAGACAAUCAUGUACUACCAGUGCUUGGUAUCUGCCUCGGAUUCCAGUCACUUGCUUUGGCUUUUGGCGCGGAAAUGGAGCGACUUAAUGAACCGAGGCAUGGAUUAGUCGCAGAGAUUCUGCACAAUUCAACUUCGAUCUUUGAGGGUGUCGAUGAACUCCGCGCAACACAGUAUCAUUCUUUAACGGCCAACAUCGGACAUCCUAUCCAGACAACACGAGCUGUCCGAUAUCCACGGCAGCUCUGGGACCCAACCGAGAAAUGUCCAAAGCUCGAACCAUUGGCGUGGGAUUUUGACAAUCGUAAUAACGGCGCCGUACUGAUGGCUGUACGGCACACCGAGAAGCCCUUCUAUGGCGUACAGUUCCACCCUGAAUCCAUCUGCACGAACUCAGAAGGGACUCGACUUUUCCAAAAUUGGUGGGCCGAUGCGCAGACUUUCAAUCUAAAGCGCUCGGUAAAUCGAGCCGCUCCGGCUCCAGUGACAGUCGAUGAUCAGAAGAUUGCGAGGACGCGAAGUAACAGUGGUGCUGCGGCACUAGCCCACAUGAUGGCCCAUGGAGAUGAUAAAACACUUCCAGACCUACCCCCGGAGAUCGUGCAUUGCAAGACAACUGGUAGCGGUCGACUUACAGUCGCCGACGUUUGUGAAGUUUUCGAUAUUCCCCGUAACGAGGCCAUAAUACUAGAGUCCGGUCUUCAGGCGGACCUUCUCCCUCUAAAGGUCGGCACAGGGCGUUACAGUAUCUUGGGAUUGAUCAUUCCAGGAGAAACUCUUCGCUUGCACUACUAUAGUACGACACAAACCCUGCAACUGAUCAAUGGCCACGGCAGUGUGCACUGGGAAUCUUCAGUCAGCGAUCCCUGGGAGUACCUGAGAACAAUCAUGCAACAUCUUAAACCGAAGCAAACACCAUCUGGAUCAACGCUUGCGCCAUUCUGGGGAGGGCUGAUGGGAUAUGCCUCAUACGAAGCUGGGCUUGACACGAUCAAUGUUAAGCCACAAAACAGAGCACAGUGUCCGGAUAUCUGUUUUGCAUAUAUCACGAGAAGCAUUGUAUUCGACCAUCAGCUGAAGAAGAUAUAUGUCCAGAGCAUACGCGGCCAAGAUGAUAAGGCGUGGAUAGCCGAUGCAGCGGAACAGAUCUAUGAGGCUGCAGGGCGCAAGAGCGCUCAGUCCUCGCCUAAUCAUACACCCAUGUCAAAAGCCGACCCAUUUGAGACGGACUAUCAACUUAAUGACUACCUGGCAUCCUGCAAACUGAAACUGGCAGAGGGUGAACAGUACCGUAAUGCUGUCGCCCAAUGCCAAGAAUACAUUGCAGAUGGGCAGAGCUAUGAAUUGUGUUUGACCACCCAGAACGAGAUUCGAACAUGCAACCCAAAACUCGACACAGCGGACAAUAACGAACUCUCCUGGAAGAUAUACCAGCGCCUCACGAAGCACAAUCCGGCCCCCUUCAGCGCCUACAUUCGAUUACACAAUGUCCACGUCCUCAGUUCAUCACCGGAACGCUACAUCAGCUGGGAUCGCAACCAAACUGCACAGUGCCGCCCGAUCAAAGGAACUGUGCGGAAACUUCCAGGUACGACGCGCGAAGAUGCUGUGACGAUUCUCUCCUCCUCGAAAGAACGAGCCGAGAAUCUUAUGAUCGUCGACUUAGUACGCCACCAACUUCACCGCGUCUAUGGUUCUGGAAAUGUCAACGUCAGCCAGCUUAUGGAGAUCGAGGAGUAUGAGACGCUCUGGCAGCUUGUCUCUGUCGUCAAUGCCAUCCCACCUGGUGUGCAGAAGCCCCGUACCCCUGAAGAGUGGCAGGAUGUGGGCGACUACGUUUCGAACCAGAAGGUAGAAACCAACGAAGACAUGUUGGGUUUCGAUGCUUUCGUGCAGAGUCUCCCACCUGGUAGCAUGACGGGCGCACCGAAGAAGCGAAGCUGCGAGAUUCUCGAAGAAGUUGAGGGCCAAAAGCCCCGUGGCAUAUACUCGGGCGUUCUCGGAUAUUUGGACGUCGGCGGAGCAGGAGACUUCUCUGUCGUUAUCCGUACCGCUAUCAAGAUCGACGACGAGGAUCCUGCCGCGGAAGAACAAGUCUGGAAGAUUGGCGCUGGAGGCGCCGUCACAAGCCAGAGCACUCCAGAAGGCGAGUACGAAGAGAUGAAGGGUAAAUUUCUGAGUACUGGCCGCGCUUUUGAACAUUCAUCACCAACCAACAAGGCGGACGAAGUACCGGAAAUUUCUACCGCCACGAUGGCCUUCCUGACUGGAGGUCGAGGCACGGCAUGGACACCUGGCGACAUCCUCCGUGCAGUUCAGGAACUGCAACCACUCGUAGACCAAGAGAGAAGGAGGAUAAACGACGAGCGUGAUGAAUUAGACCAAUAG